CGGAAUUCGCAUGAUUUACUUGCUGGUAAUAAUUUAAAUGAUAAUUUAAAGAAAAUUGUUUGUUUACAAAUUUAACAGAUUGUAGAAUAAAAUUAAAAGAAUUAAAGUGUCUUCAGGAAGCUGGAAUAAUGUCGCCAAUUCAAGAAAAACAAUUCAAUCUCAGCACUAUAUCGAAAAAGUUUACUGAAGAGACUUUACGAUUGAUCUUAAAUAAAGCUCUUGGAAGAGAUGACUGUUUAUUGGACCGAUGGAUAAUUGUCGGAGACGCUUGCAAUAAGGGAGAUGGAUAUUUGAGCGAAGUUGUUCGCAUGAAAGUUUAUGCAAAGUGUCCUGUUAGUAAAGUUGAAGAACAACAUUCAGUGGAUUUAAUUAUUAAAAGCCUUCCAUCAAAUAUUGGACGCAGAAAGUCGUUUAGAUCUACAGACUUUUUUAGAAAUGAAAUUGCCUUUUAUGAACAUGUACUACCAGCAUUCGAAAAGUUACAAAAAAGAAAUCAAGUAAACUAUAAUCUAUUUCCAAGAUGUUAUGCUUGGUUUUGUGAUGGAGAAGAAGACUUUUUGGCUCUUGAGGACUUAUCACCCGAUGGAUAUGCUUCACCAGUUAGACAAGAAGGACUCAAUAAUUUGCAAUGUAGAUUAGUUAUGCUAACAUUAGCCCAAUUCCACGCACUCUCUUAUGCUCUGAAGGAUCAGGAUUUAGGUGUAUACCAGAAUAUAACCGGAAAAUUAGAGGAAACUUACUUUGACGAAAAGUUUAGAGUUUGGGUUCAGGAUUUUCAUAAGGAUCAAAGAGCUUGCAUGUUAGAUGCUAUGGAAAAGGAGCUACCGAACACAAUAUAUCAAGAAAAAAUAUAUGAAUUUACAAAUGAACAUUUCUUUGCAAAUAUGAUUAAAAUGGCAACAACUAAAGGUCAAUAUUCAGUUAUAAACCAUGGCGACAGCUGGACUCCCAACUUUUUAAUAAAAUAUGCUUCUGAAAAUCUUCAAAAAGAUGUUCCAAAACAUGUUAAACUUAUAGACUUUCAAUUGGUCAGAGAUGCUUCACCUAUUUUAGAUCUAAUGUUCUUUUUCUAUUCGGGCACCACUGAGGAUUUGAGAAAAUAUCAUUUUAAAGAUUUAAUUCAGUAUUAUUAUGACAGCUUAUGCUACUCAAUUAAAGAAUUGGGAGCAGACCCAGAAAAAAUGUAUCCAAAAAAUGCAUUUCAUGAUGAGUUAAAAAUAUAUUCAAAAUUUGGUUUAGGAUUCAGCUUAGAAUCAGUGCCAUUCACUCUUAUGAAAAAUGAUGAUGCACCAGACUUGGAUAUGAUAGAGAGCGAUGAUGCUGUGCCUAUAACAACAGUAUGGAAAGUACGUCCAAUUGCUCAUAAAGAAGGUCGUUUAAGAUUAGUGGAUAAUGUUCGGCAUGCAGUUGAUAAUGGCUAUUUAUGAUAAUUUAGACUUUGUGAUUAAAACUUUACAAACUGAAUUGAAUUAAGUUUAUUUUUGAUAGAAUGUGAUUGCUGGGAUUUUUAUUCCAUAUCAAUAUAAAUCCAUAUUAAUGAAUAAUAAUUAAAUUG